CGUUCACUUGCACUUUUUAUGUAGGAUUUUUUAUAAAUGCUUCGACUUGCCUGCCUGUAAUGAAUUAACAUGAAAUUAGUAUGUUUUCUCAAUUUUUGUCAGGAAGACCAUACAAUAACCACUUGAAUACGUCCCUCACACGAAAUGUCGCAUUGUUAUAAGUAGAAAAUUAUAAUGAUUUCACGGUUUAAUUCAGCCUAGUUUAUAUUUAAUUUCCCAUAAUACAUCACGAUCUGAUGGGAGUCCGUGACGUUGUGUAACAGGGAGGGGAUUGGAAGAGUGUGUUAAACAUCCAAACACAUGAACAAGAAGACUUGUAUAUCAUCACAGGCUGUAACGUAAACAGUUGUGAGUGUGCAGUUCUCCUUGCAAAGGAAGGAGAGGCACCAGGGACCAUGAGUGAGAAUGGCCCUCGUAAGGAGGCGUCCAUGUACUUUGAAGUGGAGGUAGAUCCUCUGGAGCGGGAUGAUGAGGAAGAAGACAAGCUCCAAUUUGUCAAAGAUAAUGACCUGAUAGCCGAGCCCUCGUCGUCUUCCGGUCGAGUGUACGACCGAACUACAGUGCUCAUUGAGCGGGACCCCAUCCGGCUGGAUGAGGAGGGUGAAGAGGAGCAUCACUGUGGAGGGGAUGACGACGGAGUCACCUUCUUGACUGAGGGGGAGGGAGAUGGAGAUGAAGAGGAUGGCUCGCUGGCCUUUAUUACUGACUCUGAUGGCAUGUCACAGGGUUAUGUGCACCACACUAUUUCUGCAGACCAGAUCCAGUUCACAAUUAAUCCAGGCUCUACCCCCAUGCCACGUAACAUUGAGGGGGCCACGCUCACCCUGCACUCCGAGUGCCCAGAGACCAAGCUGAGAGAGGUGAAACGCUACCAGUGCACGUUUGAGGGCUGCAAAAGGACAUACAGUACAGCGGGUAACCUUCGCACACACCAGAAGACUCACCGGGGCGAGUACACAUUUGUGUGUAAUCAACAGGGCUGUGGAAAGGCCUUCCUCACAUCUUACAGCCUCAAGAUUCAUGUCCGAGUUCACACCAAGGAGAAGCCGUUUGAAUGUGACGUGCAAGGCUGCGAGAAAGCCUUCAACACACUAUACAGACUGAAAGCACACCAGAGACUUCACACAGGCAAGACAUUCAACUGUGAAUCUGAGGGAUGCACAAAGUACUUUACCACACUCAGCGACCUGAGGAAGCACAUUCGCACACACACUGGGGAGAAACCAUUCCGGUGUGACCACGACGGCUGUGGCAAAGCUUUUGCCGCAAGUCAUCAUCUAAAAACACAUGUACGGACUCACACAGGAGAGAAGCCUUUUAACUGUCCAAGUGAUGGCUGUGAGAAGACUUUCAGCAGCCAGUACAGUCUGAAGAGUCACAUACGGGGCCACGACAAAGGACAGCCCUUCACCGUCACCCUCUCUGAAGAUGCAAAUCACUCGCUGUGCCUCAGUGACUUGAGCCUCAUCUCUACAGACUCAGAGCUACGAGAGAGCAUACAAAAUGCUCAGAAUCUAGACCUCAGCAAUGUGACUGCUGUGAAAAUCUUUGAGCUCAUGUUCCAGAGUCCGGAAAAUAGUGUCAGUCAAGAUGAUGCCCAUCACCAUGAGAGCCUUGCUGAACCUUACAGCCUGGAAACCUCUGUCCAACAUGGACUGACCGAUGGUUCAUCUCUCAUCUCUUUCUCUAUCAAUCCUACCUCUUCAUCCUCCUGCUCCCACACAACUGCUGGCUUGGAGGCUUCUUCCCAGCCGAGUGUGAACUCAUCCUGUCAGGCCUCCACCUGUGCAGCUGUCACUGCUACUGUCAGCUCUGCUCAGCCUUUCAUCCAACUCACUGGGCCUCAGCAGGUCCCAGAUGUGCCUGUUCAAACUUCUGUCCAGGCAUCAAACCAAGCCCCCUCCCAACACUAUAUGGCACUUCAACCCACAUUCCUGCAGCCAGAGGGCGUCACACAGACCACUCCUGUACCACCACCGCCACCACCAGCACCGUCCAUCUCUGCUCCUGCUCCUGUGGCUCCAGCACUGACCUCCAAAGCACCAGGUACCGCUACAACAGAUGCUCUAGCAGCUGUGGCUCAACCUGUGCCUUUGGCCAGUAACCCUGUCCCCAACACUGGUCCUGGUCUGGCUCCCACCCCAGCCACCAUCACCAUAGCACCCAACCAGAACCUCCUGCAGCCCAGCUUAGUCAUGUCUGACCAGAACCUCCAGUGGAUCCUGAGCAGUGCUGCCAGCAGCCAGCAGAACCCAGAACAAACGUCACAUCAAGGUGCCCCAAAAGUGGAAAAGGUUUUCUUCACCACAGCCAUACCAGUGGGAGGAAGUACAGGUAACUCGGUCCAGCAGAUCGGCCUCAGUCUGCCCGUCAUCAUCAUCAAACAGGAGGAAUCCUGCCAGUGCCAUUGUGCCUGCAGGGACUCUGCGAAGGACAAGAGUUCAAAGAUUUCCUCUUCCGUCAUUUCAGCCCCAGCACAGCAGCAAGCACCAGAACCUCCUCCUCCGCCGUUACCUCAGCCCCCAGAGCCUCCCCUCCAUCCACCCCCAUCGUCUCCCUCCUGCUGUCUCCCCGAGUCUUCUUCCAAGGCGGGUGAGGUGAACCUGAACGCAGCCUCCUCUUCCUCAUCCUCAGCUCAGACUUUCUCUAAGAUGGUGAGCAGCACUGCCUCGACCAACCCUCCCUCAUCUGAAGGGUUAGCCAGUAUGGACGUCUCGGACUUCCUCUCCCUGCAGAGCCCCGAGACGGCUGCCAACAUCGAGGCUCUGCUGCUGGUCACAGAUGAAUUCAACAUGGCCACUGAUGGCAAUUCUUAGAAGAGCUGCCUUCUGAGUCUUGCACCAUGUGUUUGUCUGUUGCGCCCAUUUAUUUGCAGUCAACAAUCCCUCGCAUUUCAAGUCCUCAGUGUCCUCCUCCUCCUCCUCCUCUCUCUACCGAUAUAAUGUGCUAGUGCUCCUGAAUCCCCUCCCCCCUCUUUACCUGCAGUGCAUUCUGUUCUGAAAGGCAACAUACAUACAUAUAUAUACACAUAUAUACAAAGUAAUUAUUGUCUCUGUUGAGAUUCAUUGUAUUAGCUGCAUUUUUAGAAAGAGGUUUGCAUAAUGAGAUUUAGCAGUUAAUGCUAAUUAAUGCAGGGAAAAGACGGCAGAUCCUUUUGUUGAACAUAAUCAGACCCUGUUCUCUACGCACUGAUAACUGAGAGUUCCACUUUCCUGGCUUGACGUUCACGCACCUGAGCAGGAAAACAAAUGUUUCUGUAUAUCCUUGUACUGUACUACAGACCCUAACAAAUGCUAACGGCUGGUAUGCAACUGAUCAGAAUGCACUGUUUAUUGGAAUUACUUUGAAAUUCAUGAAGCAAUGCUCCCUGCAGGAAGGGGUUGGCCACAUUGCCCCUUGUAUGGCUGUCAAAUCAGAUGAAGUGAUUUCCUCAGUGUUUUUGUUUGUUUGUUUGUUUGUUUGUUUCUAGGAUGACUAAGCAUAGUCCAGAAAAUGUGAUGAUUCUUUUCUACUUCUUUGACAGUUCUUUACUAAUUGAGGGAAGAUCAGUUCUUUAAAAGUGAAAACAAAUCAGUAAGUUGCCUAUAACUUAAUCUAAUUUAAAAUUGUACAUGUUAAUUUAUUUAAAUGCUUGAUUCUAUAAUUUUAGUCGUAAUGCAUACUAUUCGAGGUAGCAGGAACAUCUAUGAUUAAUUUAUUUUCAAUCACUUUUUUUUUUUACUUUAAGUUGUUUUUGUUACUGUUACCUGUUAAGAACGUACUGAGUUUUUCUAAAGGCAAGUAAUACAAUAAUAGAGACACCUACAGUGGUCUACAGAGUAAAGUAAAUUAUCCUCUAGGAUCUGCUUGUUUGCAAAAAACAAAAUGUCCACAAAGAAACAGUAAGGAACUACUGUCAACAUCCCAUGUUCUUUAGGGCUGCGACCCUCUCAGGGAUGCAUCAAGUCAUAACUGAUCCUUGUUCCCUUCAUUCGUUACUCAGACGUGUUUUCCUCGACGGAUGCCCCACACUUGCAGUAGCCCUACGUUUUGCUGCACUCUUGCCUGUUUAUUGCACACUAACUUGUAAAGUGAGUCAUCGGACAGCUUGUUAGCUGAGGUGCGGCACCACUACACUUUUUUGUUUUUGUAUACAACUGCUGUAAAAGUAGCAUUUAAAAGAUGGUGUCCUGGCGACAGUGUAUAUACAGUACAUUUUAGUGUCAACAUCUUGAAGUAACUUGUAGAUUAUUCUAGAAUUUGUAUUUUUGUAUAGACUUUUGAAUUACUAACUCUCAGAGUUCGGAGCUAAUGUAUAACCCCUCCCCCCGUAUCCUCGCUUCCUUCCCCGAGUCAAAUCCAUGCAGAGGGUUUUCACUGUAGUUCUAGAAGCAGCUGUUUCCUGUACAGACCAUAUUCUAACAAAAUAUAUGUAACACAGCAGCCCCCCAGCUCAGAGUAUAAUUUAACAGUAUUGUUUCACACGGGACAUAAUGCAAUGAUGAUGACAGAGUGAAGUGCUACUCGGCCUUACAUUUCACUGUCCUGUGAGCCUUGUUGCCUUGACAGACUUGCCAUUGUCAUGACAACGCGCUCACCUUCACCAAGACUUAAAGUUUGUGUGUUGUUUUCCAGCUGUAAUGUUGUUCAUAUGCAGCGUUUGUUCAAACAAACUCUACACAUAGUUGAUGUGAUUCUACGUUUUAGUUCCAUGGUGCUUGGAUCAAAAGUGAUGUGUUUGAUAGCUUAUAGCUUUUUUUUUUUUUUCUCUCCCCCCACUUUAUAAUUGUGUUUAUACUUUGCUUCCCUGUGAUUCACAGGCAUUUAAGGUGAUUUUCUGCAUGUUUUCUGCAACCACAAGUCAGCAGAGGUCAGCUCUGGUCUGUGAGAAGUAAAUGCCUUCACCCACCAAUGUGUGGUACAUUGAAAAGGACAUUGAAAUGGCUUAGUGGGAUCCAGGUAUACAUGUAUGGAAAAACGAGUCGGAUGCACACCCUCAUUUUAGUGUGAAUGGAACCACAGGCGUGAAUAUACGAGCAGAAUGCAGGCACAGUGCUCUGUGGACACAAAGUAUGGAGAAAACCUUAGAUAUUCAAAUAAAGCCACAGUAGGCAGGAUCAUUAGAGAAAUAUUUGAUAUCAGUUUCAUCUGCGUAAUCCCGGAGAACCGAGAGAGUAAUCUACAUUGACACUUGAGCCAAACGAUCCACUGCAAAGAGUUGUCAUUAUUUAUUUGUUUGCUUUAAAAUACUCACAUUUUGAGACGGCAGCUCUGGGUCCUGAGCUCCUCAUCAGAUGAUUGCAGACAGAAGCAUUUGUUUCAUAUGUGACAAAUGACUGUUUAUUGUCCAAAGGUUUAGACUCCUUCCUUCUUUUUUUUUUUACCUUUUUCCAUUUCUUGGCAACAUAGGAUGUUGUUUGUGGUACUGGAGUGUCACAGUUUUGCCACCGCAGGUACCCGUAAGCAGAGCACCUGCUCUCUCUUUGUCUGAACUGCUCUGUGAGUGGCCCUUACAUUAUGCUACAAAUGUGUUAGUGAGGCGUUAAACAAGUCUCUUUCAAAUCAUUUGAUUUAUAUUAUGCAGAAAUAAUCUGGAAUUGUUGACCACCAAUACCAAUCAUGCCUACUGUUGCUUUCCAGUCAUAUUUUGUGCUCGGACUCAUUCCAAAUAUUCAGUAUUUGAUCAGUGUGUUCAAAUCUGAAGUCUGUUGCACUGGAUUGUGAAAUGUUAUAAAUGACUUGUUUCCCUGUAAAAGGCACUCAAAGUAAAUUACUGCCACCUCCAUAACAUUAAUGCAUUCUCAUACAUGCAUACUAUCAUGAAACAACUAUGCAACUUUAAGUGGCUUUUGGCAUUCUUGACUCCAUGAAGAUGUUCAUGUUCCUCCCUCGUGACGUGUUCUGCUAUUACUUUUUACACAGAACUCCAGUCUAACAACCGUAUCAAUGCGUACACAAUAAGCAUGCUUCUUAAACUCCACUAUAUUGCAGUUAGUAUCUCCGAUAUGAAGUGGUGAGUCUGGACUUUGUGUGUAGUAUGUCCAUGAAUGUUGCACCACUGCUUUUUUUUUUUUAUUCUUUUCUUCUCUCCUCUCUCCACACAAUGUUUUUGCCUCUGAGGAUAUCUGGUUUAAGAAACUGACUGGAUUUAUUUGAAGGAGUACAUGGUAGAUGAAUGAUUCUGUUUUAAGAAUUGUUUGGGUUUUUUUUGGGGUCAAAUGUUAAGCAGCUUUUCCUUGUUAUUUUUACACUGUGUGAGUACAUGUUUAAUUUGAACUCACUGUUUUGUGUGAUCAUUUCAGCGUUUUGCAUAUUUAGAGUUUGACAUUUGAAUAAGUUGUUGGUUCUUCGUUACCGAUCAGACUUAACAGCUUAUUAUUACCUUGUUAAAGUGAUAGUUCAGUGUGAUUGUAUGAGGUGCUGAGUCAAGGAAAAAAGAUUUGUGCCACUUAAAACAUGCCUGCUUAAGUCUACGAUAUCUCAAAAACAUGUUGCCCACUCUUCCAAACCAAAGUCCAUAGAGCAAAUUCAUGUUUUUAGCUCACGGGGACCCAGGAGCUGCUGCUCUACUGCUGCCUCGUUUGGCAAAAUUAAGUCACUUCUAGGAUUUCAGACUCCAAAGUGGAAAAAUAACAUUAAUACAGGCAGCACUGGAUUAAAAACUUCAUAUUUGCUGUGAUCCAAAAUUGACGAUUUUCUCUAUGGACUUUGGUGUAGGUGAGAUAAUGGGUUUCAAAGCAAUGCAAACCUUUGUUUUCCUGCAGUGAACAUUAAGAUAUAGACUUACAGAUUUAUAAAGUAAGCUUAUUUGCAAAGUGAAUACCCAUGCUUGCUGGCAGCCAUGUUUUAAAUGUCCAAAUCUGGUUCUAGAUGCGAUUGGUACAGUUAUUUCUGACUGUCAGAACCUCAUACAACACUCAUGAGAAAACUAUCCUUUUAAUGACGGCGAGUCACGGAUGGAGACAUUAGUUUGGAAGCAGAUUGUGUGUUCAAAGGAAAAGCCAGAAAGUGUGUUUGGUUGGUUUCAUUUUGUUAACAGAUCCAGAAUUUCUACCAUCUGCAACAUUCUUCCCAGAGUGAGUAAUAUUUAAAUACACAGGGAGAGGACUCUCUAUGCUUCCAAAGGAAUGUCAUGACACCCAAAGAGUGAUCAAUUGGUAAGGAUUUGUAUUUUUGUUUAAUGUGAAAGUGUUUGCUUAUGCUUGUUUCAUAUAAAUUAAUAACUUUCUGAAAUGAGAGCAAUAUAAUACAAAUAAAAUCUUAUCCUUGUCACUGUA